AUGUUUUCUAAAGAGGAUUCACAAAAAGGCUGUUUUUUGGAACAAACCAAAGCAGCUAGAGAGGAAAGAGCUAAUGAGAAAAAAAGAGAAAAUCUUAUAAUUUCUUUACAAGCCCAUAUAAGAGGAUGGCACUUUCGAAAAAAAUUUACAACCGAAAGUUUAAAAUUAAUUGAUGAUAUUCUUCCAAAGGAAGUGGAAGACAAAUUUCAAUUAAAGCCUGCAUUAACGGUUUUUAAUGCUGCUCAACAAUUUUUAUAUGUUUGGAAUCCGGAUAGGGAUUUGUCAAGAUUUGAAAAUUUAUGUAGAUAUAUAGUCUCAAGUCUUGAAUCAUCUUCAAAAGAUUUAAAUUAUUCUGGAUUAAUAUUGGUGAAAGAAAAAGCACUUCAUUGGAUAACCCACAUUAAAAAAAUAUUAAAAAUAUGUUGCUCUAUAUUGGAAACUCUAAGACCGGAAAUUCCAUCAGAUACGAAAUUAAUUUUAAUUUAUUUACACACCCUUGUAGCCUUUACAGGAAUUAAAACAUGGCAAUUUUUAAACAAUAACAAAUUUAAUGUGGUGAAGCCUGGUUUAAUUAAAAUCUGUUCUAAUAUAGUAGAUUUUUUAGUAACAGAAAAAUUAUAUAGAACAUUAAAGAUAUUACUUCUUAAAGGACUUGGAAGGAACAAAAUAGCCUUAAAAAAUGUAUCUUUGACAGCAAUAGUGACCUUAUCAACUUUACCUUUAAUAAAUUCAGAUUUUUCAAAUAAAAUGAUGACAAUGUUUCUGAUAGAAAUUUUAAGCAUUCCCGGAUUAAUUCUUCAUAUUGAUCAAUUAGCACCGGAUUGUUUAUGUAUGAUAGAAAAACAUAAAAUAUUGGUUAAGACUACAAAACUAUUAAAUAAUGAACAAAAUACAAAAAUAAUAUUUAAUGCUUUGGAGGGAAACUAUGCACUUUGCCUCCUUGGAAAUAUAAUUCAUUUAUGUUACAUUGAAAGGGAAUCAACAUUAAAUGAAUUUUACUUUCCAGAAGUAACUUUUAUUUUAACUAGAAUUAUGGAAAGUUGCCAACAGUAUGUUGCCACAAAACAAUCGAAUUUAACUCAUUGGCAUCCAAUAUUGGGUUGGUUUGCUCAGAAUAUCGAUUCCAAUCUUCAAGAUGCUGUACCUCAUGUAAAGAGUCAGCUUCAUUUAUUAUGGAGUUAUCCAAUUGUGAAAAUAAUGCUUGGAUCUCCGCUUCAAAAAAUUCUUAGCGAUUUAGAAAUGAAUAAUUCUAUUAGUCCCACAAACACUCCCAGAACAGCGACAAACAUUUUGAAAAGAGUUGUGGAAAAUAGGGGAGGACGGAACAGUUCGACAAAAGCCCUUAUUAAACUUGGUGGCAACGAAUGUUCCAAAAUGGCUCACUUGUGUGCUCUUUAUCAAACAGCACUUAGAACGUUUACUCAAUUAAAACUGGAUAUUUUAACCGGGUUAUGUUAUCAGGAUCAAAUACUUUAUAAUUUGUGGCGAUUUUUUGGACUUUUCGGUUCGAAUUACGGAUCGAAAGCAUUUUUAGAACUUUUAACAAUCAAUCCGAACUGUACGUUUCCUCAUUUUUUAAUGCUUCAACUCUUUUGCGAUUGCAUGACUCAUUACGUAAUAAUUUUAGACGAUUUGGAAAUGUUCACUCAGCAAAAACCUUUUCGUCUAUCGGAUUUCGUCGCCAUGUCUAGUUUUUUAAAUAAUUUCCUGUACAAAGCACUCCUACAAAAUUUAUUCGAUGUCAAAAAUUUAAAUUUAAAUCCGUUAUUUCAAUCGAUGCACACGUUGCUUUUGGUAUUAUAUCGUCGUGAUUGCAGAAGAAACUACACACCCGAUAAUCAUUGGUUGAUAAAAGACAUUAAAGUUUGCACUUUUAUUAGCGAUUUAGAAAAAGGGAAAAAGAACACCCAAGCUUUAUUGCAAAAAAUGCCUCACAUCAUUCCGCAUUUCGAAAGAGUUCAACUUUUCAGAAAAUAUAUUUCGAAUGAAAAAGCGGUUUACGGACUGACAGAAUCUGCUUGCGCUUCACCUCAUUCAACCCUUAUAACCGUUCAUCGAAAAAGAAUUGUGGAAGAUGGAUACCGUCAGUUGGCACUCCUUCCAUCGCGAGCAUUAAAAGGAGUCAUUCGUGUUAGAUUUGUCAAUGAGCAAGGAUUGGAUGAAGCGGGAAUCGAUCAAGAUGGCGUUUUCAAAGAAUUUUUAGAAGAAACCAUCAAGCGAGUAUUUAAUCCUUCGCUUAAUUUAUUUCGAGUUACCAGCGAGGAAAGACUUUAUCCCUCUCCGACAUCCCAUUUACAAGAUCAUCAUUUACAAUUAUUUGAAUUUGUCGGUCGAAUGCUUGGAAAAGCCGUGUACGAAGGGAUAGUUGUCGACGUACCAUUCGCAUCGUUUUUUUUAAGUCAAUUAUUAGGUCAACAGCAUCAAGCAUUAUAUAGUUCAAUAGAUGAACUUCCCUCACUGGAUCAAGACCUGUAUCGUUCUUUGACUUUCAUCAAGCAUCAUCAGGGAGACGUUCAAGAGCUGGAUUUGACAUUUUCCGUUGACGAAGAUUAUCUUGGAAAAAUAGUAACGCACGAAUUAGUUCCCGGGGGAAAAGCUAUUCCCGUCACGAAUGAAAACAAAAUUAAUUAUAUUCAUCUCAUGUCUCAUUUCCGGAUGCACACACAAAUCAAAGAUCAAACUGCUGCUUUUAUAAGAGGAUUUAGAUCUUUGAUAAAUCCAGAAUGGUUAUCACUGUUUUCAACACCGGAGCUUCAAAGAUUAAUUUCCGGUGACAACGUGCCUUUAGAUUUAAAAGACCUUAGAAAACACACUCAAUACUAUGGAGGAUUUCACGAUUCUCAUCGUGUUGUCGGAUGGCUUUGGGAUAUUUUGGAUAAGGAUUUUAACGAAGAAGAAAAAAGAUUAUUUUUAAAGUUUGUGACAAGUUGUUCUAAACCACCGCUUUUGGGAUUUGCUCAUUUGGAGCCUCCAUUUUCGAUUCGUUGCGUCGAAGUCGGCGACGAUGAGGACACGGGUGACACGAUCGGAAGCGUCAUAAGAGGUUUUUUCACUAUAAGGAAAAAAGGACCGCAAAAUCGUUUGCCCACAUCGUCGACGUGUUUCAAUUUAUUAAAGUUGCCAAAUUAUCAAAAGAAAAGUACACUGAGAGAAAAAUUAAGAUAUGCAGUUUCGAGUAAUACCGGAUUCGAAUUAUCUUAG